CGGCCGGCUACACCGCGCAGGGAAGCGCCUGGGCGCCGGAGAAGAUCGCCUCUCGCCGGGCCAGCCGAGCCGGAGAAGCACCGCGCGCGCCCCGCCAGUCCGAGCCAGCCGCCGCCGCCGCCGCCACCAUGACGCUGAAAUCCGAGCGGAGCGGGGACAGCGGGAGCAGCAUGCGGACAGCGCUCUCGGACCUCUACCUAGAGCACCUGCUGCAGAGCAAGCUCAGGACCGAGACAGUCUCUUGUCCAAUGAAUGCAGUGACCGAGGACAUUUACACCAACGGCUCAGCCAGGAAUGGAAGCCUGGCCCACGCCAAUGGCCAGGAGUUGCGGAAAAUACGUUUUAUCCAGUUUGACAAGACCACGGAGGAGCCCAUGGGUAUCACACUGAAGCUGAAUGAGAAGAAAAGCUGCAUGGUGGCCAGGAUCCUUCACGGAGGCAUGAUUCACAGGCAAGGUUUCCUUCAUGUGGGAGAUGAGAUUCUUGAGAUCAAUGGGAAGAGUGUGGCCAACCAUUCUGUAGACCAGUUGCAGAAGAUCCUGAAAGAAACCAAGGGAACUGUCUCCCUAAAGGUCAUUCCCAACCAGCAGAACCGUAUUCUGGCCCUCCAGAUGUUUGUCAGAGCCCAGUUUGACUACGACCCACAGAAGGACAGCCUUAUCCCCUGCAAAGAAGCUGGCCUGAAGUUCCAGACUGGAAAUGUUAUUGAGAUUAUCAAUAAAGAUGACAGUAAUUGGUGGCAAGGCCGGUUAGAAGGUUCCUCCAGUGGCUCGGCAGGACUUAUUCCAUCUCUAGAGCUCCAAGAGUGGCGUGUUGCCAGCAUGACCCAAGACCAUCAGUCCGAAGCCCAGAGCUGCACUCCCUUUGGAAAGAAGAAGAAAUACAAAGACAAGUACUUAGCAAAGCAUAGCUCAAUUUUUGACCAGCUUGAUGUAGUGUCUUAUGAGGAGGUGGUCCAGCUGCCAGCUUUUAAGCGGAAAACUUUGGUGCUUAUAGGGGCAAGUGGUGUCGGACGAAGCCACAUUAAGAACACGUUGCUCAACAGACACCCAGAGAAGUUUGGAUGUCCUGUCCCAUAUACCACUCGACCCCAAAAGAAGAAUGAAGAGGAUGGGAAGAACUAUCACUUUGUCUCCACGGAAGACAUGACAAAAGAUAUCUCUACUAAUGAGUUCCUGGAAUUUGGAAGUUACCAGGGCUAUAUGUUUGGCACCAAAUUUGAGAGUUUGCACAAAAUCCAUCAACAGGGCAAAAUUGCAAUCUUGGACAUUGAGCCUCAGACGCUGAAAAUCAUCCACACUCCUGAGUUUUCUCCUUUCAUCGUGUUCGUUGCUCCUCCAAACAAAACUGAUCAGACGGAAACCUUGCAACAACUUCAGAAGGAUACUGAGGCCAUCCGGAGCAGAUAUGCCCAUUACUUUGAUUUGGUGCUGGUGAACAACGGUGUUGACGAAAGCCUUGAAGAACUGCAGGCGGCUUUUGAACGGGCAUGCAGCUCCCCACAAUGGGUGCCCGUUUCCUGGGUAUAUUGAGCUGGCCUGGGUCUGACAGUGCUACUCGGGCCACCUGAAUGCAGCAUGUUGAGGACGAUCAGGGUCACCCGCUUCCCUGCUCUAUGCUUUUGCCCAAUGCGCAACCUUCUAGGAGCAGCCAUUGCCUGUUACUGCCAGGACAAGUUCCCGUCUUUUCAGCUGCGAAUAUCCUCCGAGUAUAUAUGGAACCGGCUUGCCCUCUUUGCUCUGUAUUUCCACUCAUUUGCAGAUGUUAGCAGCAGGGAUAGACCAAGAAUUCUCUUCCUCCAAUAAGGUUAACAGGGAUACUAAGAACACCUUCUAGGUAAAAGCCAUAAAUGUGGUAACGCAUUUUCCUAGUUUUUCUCACUUGCAAUACAGGCACCUUUAAAACCUCUGCAUGAAUGAGGUUUAUUCCUUUGCUCAUCCUCUUUUGGGGAGAGAGAAUGGUUAAUGUUGAACAUCUGGUUCAACUGGGUGUUCUUUUGCCUCGGUCAAAAAGGUGUUUUGGUUCCACCUCUACAUCCAAGCACAACCCCAGGGAUGUGGCCCUCAAAUAACUACCUGUCAGAUGGGGCAUUUUGUAACUAACAGUGAUAGCAGGAGGGAGCAUGGAUGACCAUGUGUUAAGCCUCAUGCUCUGAAGAUGCCAAAAAGAGAGAAAGAUGUGCAAUAGACCCAUUUGGUUGAAUCCAUUACAGGGAAACUAACAAGCAGCAAUAAAGUAUGAUUAAAAAAUGU